CUCACUAAGACCGUAACUCCAAACCUUCCCCUCCCAUUCCCUCAGAACUCUUCCCAAACAUAACCUAAGAAAAAAGAGAGAAAUUCACAACCAUGCGGAUGGGCUGAAACAAAGAUCGCUUCCCACCUAUCUAUUGCAAGCUUAUUAUCUCUUCGUCAGCGCACAGCCAUGUCCAAUCUCCUUUCCCUGACCAUCCCAAUCUCAUCCACUUCGAGUGUAACAGUUCAUCCACAACUCUGCUCUUCAUUCAAGGCAAGUGUGCGGACUUUGAAAGCGAAUCCAAGUCAAUUUCCAUGUGUAAGACUUAGGAAACAAAAGCCUAAUUCAAGAACAUCAUUCACUGUAUUCAACCAGGCUCCCAUGUCAGCAGAUACUAAUGGAGCUCGGUUCCGGCUCAAUAACUUGGGCCCGCAACCUGGGUCUACAAAGAACCGGAAGAGAAAGGGUAGAGGUCAUUCAGCAGGGCAAGGAGGCAGCUGCGGAUUUGGGAUGAGAGGUCAGAAAUCGAGGUCUGGGCCUGGAGUUCGAAAGGGAUUUGAAGGCGGUCAAAUGCCACUCUAUAGGAGACUUCCCAAGCUCAAAGGCAUUGCAGGAGGCAUGCGUGCCGGACUACCAAAAUAUGUUCCCGUGAACUUGAAAGACAUAGAAGCUGCUGGAUUUCAUGAAGGAGAAGAGGUGUCACUGGAAUCGUUGAAAGAGAAGGGCAUUAUAAACCCAUCAGGAAGAGAAAGGAGAUUACCCCUAAAGAUAUUGGGCGAUGGUGAGCUGGGCGUGAAGCUAAUGUUUAAAGCCCGAGCAUUUUCAGAAUCUGCAAAGCAGAAGCUGGAGGCAGCCGGUUGUUCAUUGACGGUUUUACCAGGACGAAAGAAGUGGGUAAAGCCAUCGGUUGCUAAGAACCUUGCCAGAGCAGUAGAAUAUUUUGCCAAGAAAAGAGCAGGUGCUCAGUCAGUGGAGGACUCCUCUGCUGCCUGAUGUAGCAUGCCUGACCCAAUGUAGUUCCUUCUCUUCAUUUUGUAAAUCAAUACUUGGAAAAAAGGAUGUUGAUGCUAUAUUAACACGAUUUACUAUCUUGUAAUUAAUCAAAGGAUGUUGAUGCUAUAUUCUAUGGUACCCAUAAGGUACCAUACCUUUGUCCACAUGGACCAAUGAAAGUGUUUCAGUUGAAUUAUUUAAUUCUAAAUUAAAAAUGAUAUACCUAUUUGGAC